AUUCUAGUAUGCGGGUGGAUAAGCAGCUAACGCAACCGCAACAACAUUAUCAAGUAAACUUCGUCCCAACACCGGGUCGUGACUACGAUAAAUAUUCGUUUGAUAGCCUUGACAAGGUACUGUAUGAAGACAUCCAUGCAUUGCUCUUACGUCUCUCUGAAGGGGAAUUUGACAUUUGGGAGGCUUUGGAGGAGCUACUGCGUGAUUAUCUCAAUGCUCUCGACAAAUUUGGAUCUGAAGUACCGAAAGAGGAACAGAAGCAUGCUUCUGAUGCGUACCGUUGUGUAUGCGCAUGCGUUAUCGAGAACAACAUUUUGCGAGAAUAUAGAGCAGCAGGAGACUCAUUCUUAUCCUCAUUACUUGCAGAUGAUCAAGAUUUUCGCCUUGUCUAUGCCUUGUGGCGUUGGUGCAUUGACAGCGCAAUAUCACCCAGUGGAUUCGCGGAACUCGCGCGUCAAGUGGAAAGCAUCAAUGAAUUGGCUGGAUCUGCAAAGUCGGAUAUGAAGCGAAUGAGGGCUGCGCGUAAUCUGGCAGCAGAUCCUGAUUCGAUGCUCAAAGCUGCGGAUGAUCCAAACUUUGAAAAAUUGAUUCGUAUAGUAUUCAGUCUUAUACGAUGCGGAAGAUUUGAGGAUGCUAUGGAGCUUUCUGGCAACAUGGGUGUGCCAUGGAUGACUCUGCUAAUCCGAACUCAACAUUUGUUGACGGAUUCCUCUCUCCUCAGUGCCGAUCUAACAGCGCGAGAAAAAGCACAAAUGUCCUACAGAAAACUGACAUUCCAGAUAAUGAAGAAAGCUAUAGCAGAGACCAAGUAUACAAUGGGUGUGCGCAUGGUUUUCGCUGCACUAACGGGAGAGCUGCAAUUUUUGCUGCCUCUAGCUACUAAUAUAGAAGAUCGCUUAUGGUGCUAUGCGAAUGCAGCGGUACAAGCUAGGCUCAACCACGCACUGGGUCUUGACCAUCCUGUUUUUACACCAACGACGGUUGAUGGUAUCUUCGAGGCUAUCACAACGGUGGAAACUUCACCAUACUACGUACUCAUGAAUUACAUGAUGCGAGAAUCUUGGAGUGAAGCUGUCGAAUGGAUGUACGCCUACUGCAAGAAGGCAGAUAACAAGGCUGGGAUAAACCUAAGCCCACUUUAUCGCUUCUUUGGUAUGGUGGUCAGCGUCUGUCGGAUUCUGAAGUAUGACCACGAUGAAACAUUUGCAAAAGAUCUUCUCAGCAGGAUGAUUGAAGCUAUGCUGCAGAGGCAAUUAUACGGCUUGACCCCGUUUUAUGCGUCUCUGCUCCCAAAGGACGAUGCUCUCACGAAGAUUUGGAGCAUAAUGCCUAAUGUGACAAAAGAAAGCGAUCGCAAAAAUUUUAUCAAAGCGAUGAAUGAUGCAGGAUUUGAUGGAGACGAUCUUGCUGUCCGCUUUGGCAGAUUUCGUAUGCUGGAAGAUGUCGAUCAUCUGGACUUUCUCCGUUGGGUUUUUGUUAGCUCUGAGGACAAGCUGCUAUAUGCUGUUGCAGAAGCCAAUACAGUGAUAAGAAAUUACCUAUUGAUCGAUUGCGAAAAAGAAGCCAACGCUGUAGUGAACGAAUGUGAAAGACUGAAACUGGUUGACCGGCUAGCAUCAUCUCUCCGAAACCGUGACGACUCGGAUUCAUCAAAGAUGGAGGACGCCGCUGGAAUAGCCAUAGACGAGUUUAAUAAUCACUGCCUUUGCUUGUCCGCUCUAGCGCAUUGCACGACGUUUGGUGUGGAGUGUGCAAGAGCACAAGCGGCAGCGAAAAGUGUGGCUGAUGAUGAACAUGGCAGAGAUCUCUGGUCGCAACAAGGAGAUCUUGUAGGAUUAUCACAACGCACUGCACGACUCGAACGGAAUCAGUCCCGGCACGAACGCUCAAAACUGGCUCUAGAUGCGUGCAAAGCACGUUCCCUCGACGCUGUAAAUGCUUUCUUACGACAUAUUGGUUGGAGAUCUGCUACAGACAUGGACUGGUCGAGAGCAGAACAACUGAGGGUGCUUCGAGAGCGGUACUACUCAAAAAUUUUCAAUUUACUCCUUCGUAACCUUGGAAUGUGUGACGAUGCUACUGCUAUUCUCGAUCUCCUACCCAUAUUAGCUGAUGAGGAUCUGAAACUUUAUGAGGAUCUCACUAAAGAAGAUUUGAGACAAAUUCUUCUGGAUGUGCACACCUUAGCGGGACACGCAAUGGAAUAAUAGUUUCGUGAAGAAUAUGUAAACCGGUUUUGUUAUUCGUUUUUGUUGUUGUUUCAUAUGAAUUUUUGUUUUGAUUCUUGUGAGUUCAUGGUUAAUAAACACGACCUCGGGU